AUGGCAUGUUCGGUUUGGGUGACCUCGCUGAGAGGCAGCGAGACCUGGGACGGAGGAGAGACCAGCGGCGUUGGCGACCUUUUCGGAGCUGGUCAGCACAAGAGGAGGAAGGACGGCUGGCGUAUCAAAACCGCGGGAUCAAGAGAUCCGGAAAGACAACAACAACAACAACAACAACGACAAGCCGGUGUUGGUCAACAAAUGGGGCAGGGUGUCGAAGUGGUGAGAAAUGGUUGUCAUGGUCACGGAAAGGGCCGGUACAAAGAAUGGACUGGUGCAGAAAUCAUGGAAGACGUGCUGCGGGCACUGCCAGAGUUGCGUGACAAGAGCACCAGGCGAAGAACAGGCAGUGGCAGGCCCUUCCUUGCCCUCACAGAGGUACGGGUACAAGUCCUCAGCUGGAGGGGUUCCAAGGGAGCCAACCGGGCCGGAAGAGAUACAUCGACGGAGCAGUCCACGGGCCCAGCAUGGGUUGCCGUGCUAUCCACAGGCCGGCGUGUAAGAAAAGAAGGAGGAGAGCGCGGGCGGAGGAAAGCGGGAAGAACGAGGGCAGCCAGUCACGAUGGCGAUACUCGGUCGCUGUCGCUGGCGACAAUUGGUGUUGAAAGGCCGGGGAGGAAGAGGAAGAGGAGGAGACCAGGGAGACGCACCCAAGCCCAAGUCAUCACCAAUGUGAGCGUCAAUGUUCACUUCCUGUCUGCCUGCCCAUCGCUCGUAUGUGAAUGUCGUGAUUCGGCUGUCACCUCUUGGGCUUCACCGUGUAUGUAUACCUCAGCUUGUCGGGACACAUGCCUUAUCGCGCCUGCCCUACAAACUCGAGGUUCCAUUUCUUUCCGUCUCUCUGUCACUUAUCUCCCACCUGAAUCGGCAUUGGAAAGAUCGGUGCAUGCCACCAUGUUCGACGCCGUCUGUUUCACACGGGAAGGUUAUUUCCUUGGACACCAAACACAGGGCAAGAAGGAUGCGAACCAAGCAACCUCGCCGCAACCUCCAAUGAGAUUUGCAAAGCACAUGAAAGUGCGCAUGGUUGGUGGUCAAUGCUCCUGGAUUUUCCAUCCAUGUCGCUAA